AUGCGCCCUCCCAUCCGCCUCCCAGCAUGUCGCCUGCCCCUCUCCCUUCGCUCAGUACGGCACGCCUCCACCCGGCCUCCUCCACCGCCCCCCUCACCCAAGAUCGAGCCUACCAUCUUCGCCUCCAAGUCCCAGCCUCGAGAAGUCCACUAUCGACCUGAAUCACAGAGGGGUAUGCCCGACCCAUCAGCGCCUAGGCCGCAGUGGGAGACGUUACAUCGGGCGGGGAUGGCCAAGCGGAGCCUAGAGGAAGAAGGGGGGGAGGCGUUUGCGGGACCGAGUAAGCCGAGGGUGAUGUAUGAGCGGCCGGGGGGGAGGGAGUUGCCUAUGAUCUCGAGCCGAUUACCGUGGUUCAUCGCAUUGGGCUUGCUCGGGAUGGGCGUGUGGGGAGCUUUCAUCCUGCAAGCGACUAAUGCAGAACGCCUCGCAUCUUCCGUCCUUCGUCAAGUAAACUUUCAGCUGCGAAACUCGAACGACGUCAGAGAACUGCUCGGCGACGGGAUAAGACUCGAGCCAAAUUGGUUAGGUAUUGGUGAACCAUGGAUCUCGGGAUCGAUCAAUAUGAUGCAGGGACGAGUGGACCUCAGCUUCAGGAUAAUAGGCUCAAAGGGUAUGCGCUGGAACCGUUUAUUUCACGUCGAUUCGACCUCAGCAGGAAGGAGCGUGGCGGAUCGUACGAUACAAAGUCAUCGCUGA